ACCUCUUUCAUACCCCAUAUCCUCCUGUUCAUGAUGAGUGCAUAUCCCCUUGGUUACCGAAUUGCACAAGCCGUCGGCCUGAGUGGCGCCGCAUGGCUUUCAGGCAAUAUCGCCGCGCUGAGUUUGAUCGCCGUGCCAGCGCUGGCCCAAAGUCGAGACGAGAAGUCACUGUCACCGAGUGCGGCUGUCAAGCUCUGGAAGAAAAUGUAUGAUGCCGGGAAAUCGCAGAAUCCGCCGAUUGCGGCCACCACCGCAGCGGCAUUCCUCUAUCUCGCCUGGUCGGUCCGCCGUGGUGCUCCUCUGAUCCACUCCACGACGUACAGUCUUGCCGGGCUGUAUGCCACGGCUGCGACUCUGACGGUGAGCAUCGUGCCGUAUACGAUCGUCGCGAUGCGGCCGACGAACAAUGCGCUGAUCAAACUCGCGGGAUCUCGUGAUCUGACUGCCGCGGAAGAGACACAAAGCAACGACCUUCUCGGCCGGUGGAUUGUUCUUAAUGGGAUCCGGAGUAUCCUGCCUCUGGUGGGUGGGUUAGUAGGCAUCACGGCAGCUUUCCUCUAGGCCGACGGCCACAUCGGACUCUUUGUUGUCUGCUUCUCCUUUAUAAUGUGGGCUUUCCAUACUCAAUUGGUCGAGGCUGUAUGGAGAUGUGAAAUAGCUGUAUGUGUAUCGAGGAGAUCCGGCAAGGGAAGAAGGUGGAUGCAAGUGGCAUAAUCAACUUCUACAGAAUAAUUUGAUUUCGUUACCCCGCCCUAGCAGUUUGACCUCCACCCUUGAGAAUAUAUUCUUCAGUACGAGUUAGCUGUAGAAAAUCACCAAUACAGGUCUCAAGGUGGUCCCUAGGCCGUGGUGGGAAGAAAGGCUUGGAUGUACCAGUUGAAU